CUUGGAAUCGCCUCUCCACCCAAACCCAAUCCAAAAAUCCUCGCUGCCGCCGCCGCGGACGCUGCUGCUGCUGCUGUUGGCCAUGUCGUGCUCGCACCUCUCCACCGCCUGGUCGUCGUCCGCGCUGGCGAGCAGCGCGUCGGGGCGGCGGCGGGCGCCCGGGGGCGGCGGGAGGCUGGUGGUGCGGUGCUCGCUGCGGGAGCUGCGGAGCCGCAUCGACUCGGUGCGCAACACGCAGAAGAUCACGGAGGCGAUGAAGCUGGUGGCGGCGGCGAAGGUGCGGCGGGCGCAGGAGGCGGUGGUGUCGUCCAGGCCCUUCUCGGAGGCGCUGGUGGAGGUGCUGUACAACAUGAACCAGGAGAUCCAGACGGAGGACAUCGACCUGCCGCUGACGCGCAUCCGGCCGGUGAAGAAGGUGGCGCUGGUGGUGCUGACCGGCGAGCGCGGGCUGUGCGGCAGCUUCAACAACAACGUGCUGAAGAAGGCGGAGUCCCGCAUCGAGGAGCUGAAGCAGCUGGGGCUGGACUACACCGUGGUCAGCGUGGGGAAGAAGGGGAACGCCUUCUUCGUGCGGCGCCCCUUCAUCCCCACGGAGCGCACCCUGGAGCUGAACGGCAUCCCCACCGUGAAGGACUCCCAGACCAUCUGCGACCUCGUCUACUCCCUCUUCGUCUCCGAGGAGGUGGACAAGGUGGAGCUGCUCUACUCCAAGUUCGUCUCCCUCGUCCGCUCCGACCCCAUCAUCCAGACCCUGCUCCCCAUGUCCCCCAAGGGCGAGAUCUGCGACAUCAACGGCGUCUGCGUCGACGCCACCGAGGACGAGCUCUUCCGCCUCACCACCAAGGAGGGCAAGCUCACCGUCGAGCGCGAGAAGGUCAAGAUCGAGACCCAGCCCUUCUCCCCCGUCGUCCAGUUCGAGCAGGACCCCGUCCAGAUCCUCGACGCCCUCCUCCCGCUCUACCUCAACAGCCAGAUCCUCCGCGCCCUCCAGGAGUCCCUCGCCAGCGAGCUCGCCGCCAGGAUGAGCGCCAUGAGCAGCGCCACCGACAACGCCAUCGAGCUCCGGAAAAACCUCUCCAUGGUCUACAACCGCCGGCGCCAGGCCAAGAUCACCGGCGAGAUCCUCGAGAUUGUCGCCGGCGCCGACGCUCUCGCCUAAUCAAUCAAUCUACCAACCUGAGCCUGAGCCUGAGCUGAGCUAAGCAUGCUGCUAUUACACUAUAUAUAUAUAUAACAUUAUUUUUUUCACUUUUUUUUCCUCUUCUCUUGCCCUUGCCGUUGCUUGUCUGUGUCUGUAAUUUCUGUGAUUAGCACGCAAAAAAGAAAAAAAAAAGAAUGAUCGAUCCGAUCGAUGUAAUUCUUAAUCGCGAGAUACAUAAGAUUUCAAUUCAGCGAUGCCAAAUGUACAAGCAGAGUGUUGUGUCA